GCCAUUAGGGCUAUAAACGUAAAAACCAAGUGAAGGGUUUUAGUUUUGCUUACAUAUUUGGGCAACUAUUAGUCGAAAGGUCUGCUUCUUAAUCUUAUCCAUGGCGUCCACAUUUCUCUCCGCACCAAUUUCCUUCACGCUAAACAAACCCACACUCCCUUCUCUUUCCUCUCACAGCCUUCACGCAGGGUCUCGAAGAAGUUAUCUUGGAAUUAAAGCACUUGCCAGUAAAUGGGAACCCACCAAGGUUGUUCCACAAGCUGACAGAGUUCUUAUCCGUCUCCAAGAGUUACCCGAGAAAUCAGCUGGUGGAGUUUUGUUACCCAAAUCAGCUGUCAAGUUUGAGAGAUACCUGAUGGGGGAGAUAGUUUCUGUUGGUGCUGAAGUAGGACAAGUGGAGACUGGAAAGAAGGUUCUUUUCUCAGACGUAAAUGCAUAUGAGGUGGAUUUGGGAACAGAUAAUAGGCAUGUCUUCUGCAAAGAGAGUGACUUGUUGGCUGAAGUUGAAUAAAGUUUCUGGUGCUUGAUCAAGAGGAAGAAUACACUUCGGUGGUACUUCAUGGAUCAAGAUUUGCCUUUUCAAAUGCAUUUCAUAAUCGAACAGCUUGCCAUUUUGUAACGAUUGAGAAUACAUUAUGUCAUUAGGUUUUCGGAGUUGAAAAGAAUUUUCAAAUAUUUAAUA